UUCACCCCCGCGUUGAGCCCUCUGUCGGCGGCUUGGGGCAGCUGUGGCAGCGGCAGCAGCGUCGACGUCGACCAAGACUGGAGCGACGUUUAAAGCAGCAGCAGGAUCGCCGGGGAGUCCCGCUUCUUGUUGUUGGCGGACUCCCACCCUUCCGCGCGGCCCGAGAAGAAGCGGCGGCGCCAGGAAGCAGGCAUGGAAGGUAGAAAACUUAUUUCUGCUACAGACACUCAGUACUCUGGAAGUCUGCUUAACUCCUUGAAUGAGCAACGUGGCCACGGACUCUUCUGUGACGUUACCGUUAUUGUGGAAGACCGAAAAUUCCGGGCCCACAGGAAUAUUCUUUCAGCUUCUAGUACAUAUUUCCAUCAGCUCUUUGCAGUUGCCGGGCAAGUUGUUGAACUGAGCUUUAUAAGAGCAGAGAUUUUUGCGGAAAUUCUCAAUUAUAUCUAUAGUUCUAAAAUUGUCCGUGUUAGAUCAGAUUUACUUGAUGAGUUAAUUAAAUCAGGGCAGUUAUUAGGAGUUAAAUUUAUAGCAGAGCUUGGUGUCCCAUUGUCACAGGUUAAAAGCAUCUCAGGGGCAACUCAGGAUGGUAACGCAGAAACCGUGCCUCCUGGUUCUGAUGACAAGAACCUUGAAAUACAAAAAUCAAAAGAUGAAGCUCAAGAUAAUGGGACCACUAUAAUGCCUAUUAUAACAGAGUCUUUUUCCUUAUCUGCUGAAGAUUACGAAACGAAAAAGAUCAUUGUUACUGAUUCAGAUGAUGAUGACGACGAUGAUGUCAUUUUCUGUUCUGAGAUUCUGCCUGCAAAGGAGCCGUUGCCGAAUAACAAUGCACAGGUCCAUCCUAACCCAGGCUCUGUUGCCAUUUCAGAUGUUGCACCUUGUGCUAGCAGUAACUCUCCCCCUUUAACAAAUACCACACCGACUCAGAAACUUCCUACUUCUAUGAAUCAGGUAACUCUGAGCCAAACACAAGGAAGUGAAAAAGUACUGGUAUCUUCAGCCCCAACGCAUCUGACUCCCAACAUUAUUUUGCUAAAUCAGACACCACUUACUACACCACCAAGUGUCAGUUCUUCACUUCCAAACCAUAUGUCUCCUUCGCUCAAUAUACUUGUGCAGAAUCAGCAGCCACCGAACAGUGCCGUUAUGACAGGAAAUGAGGCCAACGAAGAGGAGGAAGAAGAAAUGAUAGAUGAUGAUGAUGACACUAUUAGCUCCAGUCCAGACUCAGCAGUCAGUAAUACAUCUUUGGUUCCACAGGCUGAUGUCCCCCAAAAUACCACUUUUGAUGGAUCAUUAAUACAGAAGAUGCCAAUUCCUACACUUCUGCAAGAACCACUUUCUAAUUCUUUAAAAAUUUCAGACAUAAUUACUAGAAACAUUAGUGAUCCUGGUUUAGGAUCAAAACAUCUAAUGGAGGGUCAGAAGAUCAUUACUUUAGAUACAGCUACUGAAAUUGAAGGCUUGUCAACUGGUUGCAAAGUUUAUGCAAAUAUUGGCGAAGAUACUUACGACAUAGUGAUUCCUGUCAAAGAUGACCCUGAUGAGGGGGAGGCCAGACCAGAGAAUGACAUACCAAAAACAUCUGGCAGUGAGAUGGCAAACAAGCGCAUGAAGGUAAAACACGAUGAUCAUUAUGAGUUAAUAGUAGAUGGCAGGGUCUAUUAUAUCUGUAUUGUAUGCAAAAGGUCAUAUGUCUGUCUGACAAGCUUGCGGAGACAUUUUAACAUUCAUUCUUGGGAGAAGAAGUAUCCAUGCCGCUACUGUGAGAAGGUGUUUCCUCUUGCAGAAUAUCGCACAAAGCAUGAAAUUCAUCACACAGGGGAACGAAGGUAUCAGUGUUUGGCCUGUGGCAAGUCUUUCAUCAACUACCAGUUUAUGUCUUCACACAUAAAGUCAGUUCAUAGUCAAGAUCCUUCUGGAGACUCCAAGCUUUAUCGUUUACAUCCGUGCAGGUCAUUACAGAUCAGACAAUAUUCAUACCUUUCUGAUAGGUCAAGCACUAUGCCUGUAAUGAAGGAUGAUGGUAUUGGGUAUAAGGUUGAUGCUGGGAAAGAACCUCCGGUAGGGACCACAUCUACUCAGAACAAGCCAAUGACCUGGGAUGAUAUUUUUAAUCAGCAGGAAAACGAUUCCAUUUUUAAACAGAAUGUAACAGAUGGCAGUACUGAGUUUGAAUUUAUAAUACCAGAAUCUUAUUGAACUCCUUUGACAUAUCAGAGAGUUUUGCUUUGGAUUAGGGGCAAGGGCUUCAGAAGACUGGUAAAACAAGGUGAAAACAAGUUAAUUUGAUCUGCCACGUCAUCUGAAGGCAGUUUAGUUGGAUUAUUUGUUGAUUUUUUAGAAGCAAAUUUUUCUGAAAGUUUGAGUAGAGAUAGAGAAGCUUUUUUUCCCCUCAAGUAUGUUUAUAUAGUUAGCUUUUAGCUCAUUUAAAAGAGGCAAAAAAAAAAAAGCUUGGAAAGAGAGUUUUCUGAAUAGAAUUUGAAGCAGUCUGAAUGUUCUUUGAAAAUAACUGGAGUUAUUAGCAUACCCUAGUACAUCGUACAACUUUUCCCUUCCAUAUUAGCACUUUACUGCUGAAUUCUCAAUUUUGUUAACAUUGAGAUUGUAAAUGUGUGUUGUGUCUUGUAUAUGGAGUAAAAAGUAAACAACUUCUAAAGUUGUUCUGGAAAAUUUCAGAAUAACUCUCCACUUGGUUGUGUAUUCUGCUAGUCAAAAUGGAUAGCAAUCCCCCACGCACAUACCCCCUCCCCCAUGAAAAUGGCCAUAUAGACAUGUCUCUCAUUUGAAGAAUCAGUUAGUUUUAGCUAAUUAAGUCUUGCUCUUACUACCACCAUCUGGAAAAAAAUGUUUGGUGGCUGGACCACUAUAUACCUUUGCAACGUAGUCUCAGAGGGUGGGGUGGGAAUACUGUUGGAAAAACAGAUCUCCAUAAUGCAGACAGAAAGAGAUGAAAAGUUAUGUUGCAUUUAUUUUGAAUUCUGUGCUCUUACAUGAUAGUGGGAUUGAAUAGAGAUCUCCUUUUUGCUUGUUAUGGCUAAAAUAUUCCCAUGAAAAGUUCCAAAUUUUGAAUCUGAAAGCCACAAAAUGAGUCUUUAAAUAUGUGUAAAUCUUUAUAAAGGAUAGAUUCCAUAAAUGAGAUUCCUCCCUGUUUUGGGUGGGAGGCUACUGGCAUUUAUUUUAAAAUGCUCAUAUCACUUAGGAUCUCCAAUAGGAAAUUUUCACUUGACAUAGUUGAAUCAGUGAUCUAGUAUUUUCCUUUCAGAAAGACCUUUUAGGUUUUGUUGUUAGAAUCGAAUCGAUGCCAAUUCAUAGCGACCCCACGUGACGGUAGAAUUGCCCUAUGAGAGUUUCCUAGGCGGUUACCUUUAAGGAGGCAGAUUACCAGGUCUUUUCUCCUGAGGAGUCACUGGGUGGUUCGAAACUGCUAACCUUACGGUUAGCAGCCAAGUGCUUAACCGUUGCACCACCAGGGCUCCUUAGGUUUUGUUUUGUUUUUUUUAUGUUUUACCCCUCCUAAAACAAGUUCCAUUCCAUCUGCAAAUUGCUGCAAUAUUACAACAAUCGGAGACUAUAUAUGGAAUGUUGUUUAGGCUUGUUGAUUCACAUAUAGCUUGGGAACGAUAAAUGCCAUCUUUCUUUUAAAAUGGCACAUAUUUAAACACUUAAAAAAAAUCAAAAUUGUGCUAGUACUGAAAGUGAGCAGAUUGGAACAAAUACAUAGCCUAGCGUUUAUAACAAGUUGUUGAACUUCUGUAAAUGAUUUUUUUGCAAAGGAAAAAGUUAAUAGAUACUGAAAAAGAUUGUUGUGCAUAGUUUAGUCAAUUGUAACCUUGUUUUAAGUAUUAAUUUAACGUAGGUGUUUUCUUUGUCCUAGUCAUGUAUUUUUUAAAAUAGCUUAUUUCUUGACUUUGAACUUAAAGCUUUAAUCAUAAUUUCUUAUGCAUACAUCAUUCUUCUGACAGUAAGCUACAUUUGAAGAUAAUGGUUUCAGUGCUUCUUGAGUUGAUAACUUGAGGGUAUUUGUAGUAACAUGAGGAGAAAAAAAUACAUGAUCCUUUGCUUACCAAAGGGUAGAGUGAUGUGCAUCUGUUCUCUGUUCUGUGAGUCCAAACCUUCAAACCAUUUUGUAAACUAACCCUUGGAAAAUUUGAAAUUAGCUUAUACUUAAGACUCUGUGAUCUCUAGAAUCACAAUAGCUGUUUCCUUUCUGUGUAGAUAUUGAUAACAUUCUCUUUGACUAUAGAUUGCACUCUGAAAUGUUUUCAGCGGAGAUUUGUUUGAGUUACAUUAAUGCUAUUUCACCAGUUAAAUAUAAUUACUUCUACAAGUGUGAACUAGUUGAUGCCAGCAGAGCUUCUAGACCUUUCAGACUUAACUGCUAGGUAAGUUAGUUUGUCAUAAUAAAACUUGGUAGUUUCUCCUAGCCUAUUAUGACAAACUAGGGAUUAAUUCUAUAAGGGAAAACUAUCCAUUCGGAGUAAUAUGGAUAUAAUUAUUGGCUGCUGCUAUGUUCUAUGUAAAUUCUGAAUAUUAAAUUUAAACUGCCUACUAACGGCAUCUUCUGCAUUUUUUUUGAGGUAGUGGAAAAUUAACCUUAAAUUGUAUUUUUGCCAGAUAACUCUUACUUGCAUAUGUCUCAGGGUCUUCAGUUUUCCUAGGAGAAGUUUCCAUAUCCAAAGUCAAGUUCACAUAGAAGACUUCUUUGGGGCUAAAACCCUUAAAAAAAAAAAAACCCUUUACUCAGUGUUUAUUGGGUUGGAAAUCUGUAGCAAGACUCUCUAAAAUUUAUCAUGGGGUUCUUCUAUUUUGUAUUUUGCUUUCUGGCUGUUGAGCUCCUUUUUCUUUCAGGUUGGUUCCAAAUUUGUUCCUUUGCUAAAUUACCUUUAAUUCUGUAGAGAACCUGUUUGAAAUAGUAAUUUGUUAAAUGACAAAAAUGGAAAUGCUCAAAUUAAACAAAACUAUUAAAAUGCCAUAGCAGUCUUGCAAGACUACCUUUAAAAUACAUUUUAAGUGAUCAUUACGAUUUUGGUGGUAAAGUCCCCCCACAUAUAGCCACUAUUAAGGAACUGAUGCUGCAUUUUUUCAGUUGUACCAAAAAAGAAAACAAAUGGCCAAACUGAUCAAGGUAUUUUGUAUUCUAACGCAUGCAUAAUCUAAAGAAUCAAACGCUAAUUCAACAAUACUGGCUUCCUCAGCUCUGUCAGUCAUGUGAAACCUUGUUCAUUUUCUCCAAUACUGUAAUGUUCAUACUUGUACAGUCCUCCCUGUCAUGACUUUAAGUUCUACUUUUCAUAAACCAUUAACUGUUAUAGUUCUUAGAGCUUCUAAUGCAAAAAUAAAAUGUUUAAUUCUCAUUUUGGAGUGUAUUUUUUUAAUACUAUCUUUCAGAAAUUAUAUAGACUUUUAUAUUGUUUCUCAGUUGUUGUAGCAGGAGAUUGGAGCUGUGUUUUUUUGAUGCCGGCAUGGCAGAAUUUCCCGUUAGGUUUCCUCUGUUGGUGAGCCUCUCCCAUUGUAUCUUAACCCAUAAAAGUGGCAAGUGAAUGAGCUGCUCUCAGUUGCUUUAGAGAGUUUGCUGAGGACACAUGUAAAUGGAUAAGGAGGACGAUAACGUUUUAUUAAUUUGAAACAUCACAAAAGCAUUCUGGGUUUCAAACGUGGCAGUGAUACAGAUCUUAAGCAGCAUCCAGUUUAUACAGAUUCUGGAUUCGUAUUUUCGUGUUUCAUGCCCAGUUCAAUACUUUAAAGCAGAAUUAGGAAUGAAGCAGUAGGUAUUAGAAAAUGCAGUCAAGGUACAUGUUAGAAAUACAAAUUCCUUAUUGCAGCAAAUGUUUUGCAAAAAAGUAAAGCAGCAAAUAUUAAUUUUCUUAAGGUAGCACGCACUUUAUAUAGUUCAAUGUAAUAGAAAAAGAAGCUGCUCAAAUUAAGUGUUAGAAAAUCUAUACUGUUUCAAGUUAUUUUGUAAAGUAAGAAAAAUACAUAGAAAUGAGUCAUAGUAUCUUAACACUUUAAGAAGUGUGAUAAAUGGAUAUAUUGGGUAAUGGUGCCUUUUUAAAAAUUAAAUACUCAGACACAUUCACUGAAGCAAAAGGUAAAAUGUAAACGGCAAACAUUUCAUUGAGUAUUACAAGUUGAUGUUUGUAUAGUGAGUCAGUUGGUUCUUAGCCCCUAUUUGAAAUCCGGUAGAAUUUUAAUAUGCUCAAACUGUAGAAAAUAAUUUUGUAUAACGCAAAAGGAUUAUUGUUUUUCAGAUUUGAGAUCCAGAUGAGACAUUUAUAAUGCUAAAAGUUAAACUGAAUGUUCUGCAAACGUUUACUGUGAACAAUGAGUGCACUUGUCGUGCCUUGAUUCUUGAUGGCUGGGUGUCUGUAAGGUAGAUGGGAGCACCAGCAUUUGUCUGCUACCUCUAAUCCAUCAGGUCGGGAGGCAGCGAAAUUGGCUGGAAAUUUUUCCAGAAUGCGUUCUGUGUUUGCAGAACUGUUUAAUUAGGUACCUUCCUGUGUAGCCCUAUAUUUUUACAUUAUGCAAGUGUAGGAUUAUCAGUCUUCCUUUAAAUCAGUCAAUUCUCAGGCUAACUUAAGGAUGCAAUGAAAGUGUUCACAUUCUGAAGUGAAGGCAUGGAUGCCAAAGUGUUUUAAAUCCAUCAGGUCGAUGGUUUAAAGUGAUGUAUAAUUAAAAGAACUGUACAAAUACCACAGUGUGCCAGAUGGAUUUUAAGUCUACGGUAACACUUAAGAAUUUAUCAAGUUGGCUGCAUUUGAGGUUUUGCAGACUCGAAGCGGCAUUGUAACACAUCCAUAACCUUGAAUUGAACGCUGUCAUGAUUGGUCUCAAUGGAAAACGGACCAGUAAGAGCAGUGGCAUUAAAAUACAGAUGAUGCUUUUGGGGUGGGAUGCAGCUUAACGUGCGGUUUGCUGGGGUUGAAGCACAAUAUUUGAAGAUUAAAUAGUCACAAAGAUUAGAAACAAUUCAUAUCACGACCCAAGAACCUAAUGUAGGAUUUUUUUAACUCUGAAUUUUAACCGUAAGAUUUGUAUCUCCUGUAGCAAGUGUAUUUUGUAAUAAUGCAACAUGUAGGACCACUGCCUCCUAAGUAACCAGAUUCAUUUAAAACAUCUCACAUGUUGCUCUGUAUCCUGUUCCCCACAACUCAAGAUGAGGGAAUAUUGCACUUUUCCCUUUAGGAGGUACCAAUAACAAAAACAGCUAAAUGAUCACAACAGCCAUUUUUACAAUACAGGGAAGAAAGGAAUAAGAGCUACCGGCAGACACAAGCAAAAUCUUAGCCAGUACUCUGUACUGGAACUACUGUAUAGCCCAGUCGGCUGGGAAAUUUUCCUUAGGGACAGACUUUACUGGUCAGGAAAGAUAGGGCCUAUAAGCUAGGUGCUACAACCAAGGGGCUAGGGUGACAAUCUGCCAGGGGCCUGAGGACAACACUCCAUGUACAUGAAGCAAAACAGAUGGCAACCACACUUCUGCCGACCACAGAGGUGGAGCCAAUGGGUAACGCAGGUCUAAACAUGCUUAACUUGCUGGGCUGGCUCCCCAGCCUUGCUUAGUGUGAACUGCCCUGAUUGGAAUCCCUGGGCUCUGCCUAGCCCCUCCUGCUCUGCACUGAUAACAAAUAAGCUUCAUCCCUAUCUUUCCCUAGCCUGGACGGCCAUUGUAUAACUUUAUGCAUAAGAGUCACACUUUAAAUUUUGUACCCUGUACACUUCCACUAAAGCAGAAAUACAAAAGCCACAAUAAUCUCAAAAGCCAGCAGACGUUCCUCUAGGGACUGUAAGGUGGUGGUUUUUCAAAAGGCGGAUAGUAGGGUGGAGAGUAACGGGGUGGCGCACUCGAGGACCACAUGUAGCUGGGUGAGGGAGAGGCAGACUGGGGCUCAUCAGAAAGUCCAGAGGGAGGGGAGGAUGGAAAGACACCGGAAUGCUGUGUAAUAAAAACAAAACACCAUUAGUUUAGGCAGUGGGUUUGUAAUUCCCCCAAUAGUCAUUACCAUUUAAAACAAUAUGGACCAAGUUUGUUUCUCUUUGGAACAACAAAGAGCUCCUAAACCUUAAUUAGUUGACAAGAGGCAUGAAAGAGGUGGCCCCACACACUCUCAGUCACCCAGGCUGGAGACCUCAUACAGAGAUAUCUUGGAGUCCACCUUCCCCUAUCCUUGAGCCCCACAUCUAGUCAGUUGCCAAAUCAUGUUGCUUCUGUGUGUUUCUUGAAUAAAUCACCCCGUUUUCCGUGUUUAUAAUUCAAGCCCUCAGUUCCUCUCCACUGAGCUAUGGUGACAGCAUGCCAACCAGUCUUCAAUAAAGGUAGUUUGGAUUUUAAGAACAUUUUAAUGGGGUUAAACCAUCGAUACUUAGGAAAGUCUUCGCUACAAGAAUACAUCACAGGGAGGUAGUACGGUGGUCAGGAGCCCAUCUCAUAGGAAUAAACAAACAAAAAACAACUUAGGUCAGAGAGGUUAAAUGGCUUGCGUGGAUCUGGAGUCUUCUGCCUCUACAUUUCAACAUUUUCUAUUUCACCUUAAUUAUUGCCCCAUUGCCCCCAAGUGCAGGGUAGGUUGGAGGGCAAAGAUAAACAAGGCAUAGAGGUGGGACUAAGAAUGAGAAGCAACUUGUCAGGUUGCAGAGACACUGAGGAUGCAGUUUUGCCCUGUGUUGUCUAACUUUCUUGUUGUCGUUAGGUGCCAUCAAGUCGGUUCCAACUCAUAGUGACCCUAUAGGACAGAGUAGAACUGCCGCAUAGGGUUUCCAAGGAGUGGCUGGUGGAUUUGAACUGCCGACCUUUCGGUUAGCAGCCAAGCUCUUCACCACUACACCACAUCUUUGGGAAAGGAGAGGAUAUGAAUUAAAAAAAUACUCAGUGGGUAGGCACAUGUUGGGGGUCAGUUGCCCCUUCUUUUUUCCUGGCCAUGUAUACCCUCUAUUUCCUGCUCAAGGAGAGCUGGCCUGUUUUGUUCAUUGCUAUAUCCCCAGAAUUCAGAACAGUGCUUGGCUAGUAGUAGAUGCUCAAUAAAUGUUGAAUGAAUGAAUGUAACUUAAGCAGUAUAUAAGAUGGGCUUGGCAUGUUUUUUAAUUGAAAUCUAUUUGCAAAGAAUAGAGUCAUAACCUGUGGAUCUUGUUUCCUUGCUCCAGUGGUGGAGCAGGGCUGAGGCGAGGCAUGAUGGCUUUGAGGGGACCUAGGAAGAGCAAACAUUAAGACAGCAAACAGGGCUGGAGAACUGUGCAAUUAUUUUG